AUGGCGAUGAUGAUGACUGGCCGUGUGCUGCUGGUGUGUGCCCUCUGCGUGCUGUGGUGCGGUGUCUGCGGUGGUGGAUGUGACGGGGGAGAAACGGCAGUUCCUCGGAGUGGUGCUGGUGGACCUCCGCCGGGAUCAGCAGAACUUGGAACGCCUCUACAAGACACCCAAGAAUUAAACGUUGAAUCACCAGAUAUUAAUGGAAAAGUGCCAUCCCAAUCUUCCCCACGUAUAGAGAAAGCUGAUGAUGAAGACAGUGAUGAUGAAGAUAGAGAAGGAAAGGAUAAAAAAGACGAAAAGGAAAAAAAUAAGGUACAACCCGAGAAAGACGAGGGUAAAAAAAAAGAGGGACCACCUCCACCACCGCCACCACCACCGCCACCCGCACCGCCGCCACCACCGGGUGGACCUGCACCAUCAUCAACAGCAGUUGAAGGAGGCCCAACAGCAGAAAAAGAAAAUUUACAGAAAGUAACCAAAAAGGACUCAGAAGCACCGGAAGCGCCUUCAGGGGAUGCUACACAAGGGCAGCACAGUCAUGACACAGACACAGAGGAUUCGACGAAGAAUGCAGCAACCGGCAGUCCAGCAGAACCAACAACAACCUUAUCUACCUCUGCAAGUGGCAGCGGUGAUCAUGUCCAGAAUAAGGCAGAUGAGGAUGAUGCUCAAAGCUCUGAAGAACAACACGACAGCGUUGAAACUGGCAAUGCCAACGAUGUUCCAACUCUCAGUGAGGAAGCACCACAAACAGCAGAAACAAUCACCGCCGCUCGAAUAAAUGUUACGACGACGCCUGGCGACAGUGACGGCAGCACCGCUGUCUCCCACACCACUUCCCCUCUUUUGCUUCUUCUUGUUGUUGCGUGUGCGGCUGCUGCUGCUGUGAUGGCUGCGUGA